UAGACGCCGUCCCCAAGCCAUGGUCCCUACCAGCCUCGGCUCAGCCUGGGUCCCUCUGCUCCCAACCCGAGUGCCCAAAGCAGGCUUUGGUUUCAUGUCAGCAGCCUUCAUCUGCCUUCCAAAAAUAAGCCCCUGCCGCCAUGCUGAGGGGAGAAAAACAAGAAGGGCGGUAUUUUUAGGGCCAUUAAUUCUGACCACGUGCCUGAGAGGCAAGGUGGAUGGCCCUGGGACAGAGGCUGUUCAUCACUAUGUCCCGGGGAGCAGGACGUCUUCAGGGCACGCUGCGGGCUCUCAUCUUCCUAGGCGUCCUAGUGGGCAUGGUGGUGCCCUCGCCUGCAGGCACCCGCGCCAACAGCACGCUGCUGGACUCCAGGGGGUGGGGCACCCUGCUGUCAAGGUCUCGAGCUGGGCUAGCUGGAGAGAUUGCUGGGGUGAAUUGGGAGAGUGGCUAUUUGGUGGGGAUCAAGCGGCAGAGGAGACUCUACUGCAACGUGGGCAUCGGCUUUCACCUCCAGGUGCCCCCCGACGGCCGGAUCAGCGGGACCCACGAGGAGAACCCCUACAGCCUGCUGGAGAUUUCCACAGUGGAGCGGGGUGUGGUGAGUCUCUUUGGAGUGAAAAGUGCCCUCUUCAUUGCCAUGAACAGUAAAGGGAGAUUAUACACAACGCCCAGCUUCCAAGAGGAAUGCAAGUUCAGAGAAACCCUCCUGCCCAACAAUUACAAUGCCUACGAGUCAGACCUGUACAGAGGGACCUACAUCGCACUGAGCAAAUACGGACGGGUGAAGCGGGGCAGCAAGGUGUCCCCCAUCAUGACUGUCACUCACUUCCUUCCCAGGAUAUAAGGACCCGGAAAGGAGGCUCUCAGAUUGAAAGCAACAUCUUUUGUAUCAGAAUUUUGCACAAAUGAACAAUCCCCCUUGCCCCCCACAACUCCUGAGUCAGGCUUCUCUUGGGCUUGGGGAGAAGCCAUACCAGACCCUAUGGUAUGUAACCAACCCAAGAAAGGGCUUGCAACCAACCUCCUAGAAUGGCGAUGGAUAUAUGCUCUGAACUCAAGUGAGGGAAGAAGCUACACGGGGCAUGUGACCAUGUGCACGGGGAAAGGCCAGCAUGGCAACAUGUGCAUGUGUUGGUGUAUAACCACACAUCGUUGUAUAGACAGUCUGAGCAAAGGCAUGGCAGAGUGUCGGGUUUCUUUCUCCCAGGAUCACUGCAGCAGGAAUCUGCCUGCAAGAAUGUCUCCCGUCAAACCAGCAAGAUUGAUGUGGACUCUCAUUGUGCCACUUCCCAAUCAUCCUUCCAUUCAGAGGCCACUCGCAUGCACGCAUGGCGUGCGCAGGCAGUGGGAGCAGCUGUCCUCUAAGCAUGGAGGGCGGGAUGGAGGGGAGAGUAGGGUUUAUCUGCAAACCAGAAGGAAAGUGGGAAGGCUCCAAACUUCCUGCCUAUGAGGGCUCCAGGGACACUGGGCUGCCCUGACAGGGAAGCUGGGGGAGAAGGGAUCCUCUUCUUGCAGAAAUGGGGUAGAGCUGUGUCUCGAGCAGCUGGGGAAGGCCUGCUGGAAGCGGCGGAAGGGACUGGAUGUCCUGCGGAGUGCCAUUCGGCCUGGAGGAUUCAGUGCUGUGUGUGACUCCAAGAACAAGACGGGGCCAGGCUCCCUGCCCAUAACUUUUCCUCACUUUGAACUGAGUCUUAUUUUAACCUCAGAUGACAAGGAUCCUAAUAAUGGCAACCUCUUUGGCGAGGGGUGAGGGGGUACAAAAUAGGGCAUGAAGGAAGUAGAGAGGCUUGGACUGCAGAUGAUGAUUUCUCUCCAGCUACGUCCGGGAAACUCACCCAAGUCCUCAUCUGAUACUCUCACUUCCUUCUUGGUCGUCCUCAUCUCGCAUUCACACUGGUGGCUGGAUGCAGUAGAAUGGGCACCAUGACCUCCAGACUUUGCCCCCUCUGCUCCCCCUACAGUAAGAGAAGAGUGAUAGUUAUAUGAACUCAAGCAGCCAAGCUGUAACAGCUCCUUGCUGUACAAUGCCUUCUUGCCUCCUGUCCUUUGAGAGUAUUUAAAGCAGAGGUUCCCCCCAAGUGACUAUAAAUGUUGUCUGCCUGGAGCCUUCAGAUUCCUGAAUGAUUGGAAUGUUCCUAAAUCUGAAACCACAGAGAGCCAUAUCAGAGUGCAAAUAUUUUCGGCAUACAUGAACCAUCAAGUUACAGAAUGACCUGACACCCUCCGCUACUCUUAGGGGCCCCCUGCCUGGAAGACAACCCCCCAUUUGCUGCAAAUGCCUUCGCCUUCGACAUACCUCUCUAUUUGCAGAUGCGACCAUCUAUAGAUAGAUCUGAGCUGAGUGACUAUGAGCUGGACAUGGAAGUUGGCUACUCAGCAGAGGCAUCCUACAGGCUACCUCUCUGUCUGGCACACAUCAGGGAGGACAUGUGCUGGAUGAGGAGGAAAAGGCCCCACAAAGGUGAGCAAAGAUUGAACAUACAGUAAGAGCUCAGGAGCAAGAGUAGACAUGACCCCACCUUGGAAGAAACUGGCAGGAGCUGGGGUCUUGGGUCAACUGGAAGGGGGAGAAAACUGGUCCAUCUUGACCAUUUGGAAUAUUCAAAGGGCAGGUCUGCUUGGAGGCAGAGGACAAAGCUGAUUAUCUUGUCCAGAGUAAUUGAUUAGUUUCUUUGACAGGGUACAUCAGAAACUGAUGCACUCAGAACCCGAGGCAUUUAGCCAUACCCAAUGGAAGGUGCUGGG